UUUUGUAUUAGUGUCAUUAUACAAUCCAAAGCAAAUUCUUAUAAUAGACAACAUGAAGACCAAACUUCUGAUGACCGUCUUCGGAGCAGCGCAAGCGGCGAUGUAUGCGCGGGUUCCCAACGACAACGCGACGUUCAUCAACGAUUGUUUCUCAGGCUGUAGCGCUCCACGCACUGCUUUCUUCGCUAACCUUGUAUUGUGCUCAUUGUUCUGUCAGAAGAUUGGCUGCGAUCUCUUCAGCUACGAAAAUGGUGAGUGCCGGUCUGCCACGGCCGCCAUGCCUACGAACGUCACCGCCGUUUUCAAGCCGAGGGUCAGCAGGGGCAGCAGGGAGGUGGCGCGGGGCAAACGCGUCUCAGCAACGCCUCAAUAUUCGCUAUUUUAUGCAGAACAAUUGGUUGAUGGAGAUAACAGCACCUUUUAUCAGAACAUAAAUGUACCCAACGCCUGGAUCAUGGUGGACCUGGGAGCUUGUUUUCCAGUCAGCAAAGUUCGUCUGCUGCCCAACGCUUUGACUCACUACUACCGAUUCGUAGAUACUCAGGUUCUGCUCGGUGACGCAGCGCCCCUGACACCUGGAAACUUCAGCAACUUCGUCGUCGUAGGCACCAUCAAGGGGCCUGUGCCGUGGGUGCCGAAUUGGAUCGAGUUCGUCCUACCACAGCCGCGAUGCACCCGCUACGUGACCAUCUACAAAUACGUCUCUAACACAGGCGAAGGGGCUUUUUUGGAAGUCAUCGAGCUGGAAGUUUGGACAAACGAGGAGGCUUGAAAAAAACACUUGACGCUUUGUCAUGGAAAUAUAUAAACUAGUAUUUUGUUGUAAGUGUUAGUUUCACAUUUAGAAGUGCAGAGUUAAGUCCUUUCACGGCCGAAAUAGUCGUUAUCAUGUGUGACUACACCGUUGUGUCCGGCUGCGUUUCAAUUUAGUUGAGUAUUUUUUCACAGUCCUUGCCAUUUAAAGAUUAUUCUCACUUACAGGUUAUUCUCUCAGCUUGUUAUUUACCUUUGUUAUAUUCUCUCGAGUUAUUUAACGUUAUUAGUGACGCUAUUGGAGAUGUAUUAUUAAUUCUAGAACAUUUAUUUAUUUAUUGUGUCAUUUAGAAGAGUGGGAAUAAAAGAGUAUGGAGAGGAAAACCAGGGCCUAUACU